AAACUAAUAAUACUCCCUCUUGGAUUAUUUAUCUUGACCAAGAAAAUAUUCUUGAACCUAGGAAUUCUAGUGACGAAGAACCAGACUCAGACCAUGAAUUAAAUAUUAACUUAGCUGACCUUGUCUACACUGCCCCACCUUCUUCACCUCCU